AUGGUGAACUCCGGGAUAACUUUUAAUCUGGACGAACUUGUGGCCCCAGCCUGGUUGAAUGAUCAGUUCUUCCGUGACGUGAUGCGUGAAUCGAAUAACGAUCCAUCGAUCGAGCUUACCAGUGCGUGUGUGUUGCGUCCAGGUACCAACAAGGGUGACCAUUUCGGUAGUGUUAUGUUCCGGACGACCAUCAAGUAUCGAUCGACGCGUUCCCACGAGGAGAAAUCGAUCAAUAUCAUCAUGAAAACGAAACCCGAAGCAGAGGGUAUGAAAAAGGAUCUACUUGAAGAUGACGGACUGUUUGCGAUUGAAAUCAACAUGUACAGCAAGACUCUACCGGAGAUGUCGCGAAUGUUGAAGGACAUUGGAGAAGAGUACAAGUGUCCUCGAUACAUUUACGGGACGAUGGAGCCUCAAGUAAUUCUCAUACUGGAGGACCUCAGUGAUCAGGGAUGGGUAAUGGGAGAUUUUAUCAGCACUCUGGAUGAAAUGAAGCCGAUAGUGAAGGGUAUGGCAUUGUUUCAUGCUGCGUCCGUCAUGAUAGAAAGCUCGGAUUCGACAUUUCCAUCCAAGUAUCGGCACACAAUGGCGAACAAAUUCAUUGGGUUCGAAGGCAUGAUCAAGAAGGGUUUUGGAGACUUGUUGCAGCUAACAGCGUCGUAUCCGGAGUUCGCUCACUUUGCCAGCCCCUUAGUGAAGUUUCUAGAAAAUUUGAAAAACCUCUUCGACUGGAUGUUCAUACCAUCCAAAACGUAUCAAAACGUGUUGAUACACGGUGAUUGCCACGUUAAGAAUGUGCUCCACAAAAUCGAUUCUGCUGGACGAAUUGCGGAUACGAUAUUGCUUGAUUAUCAGAUCUCCUGUUGGACAUCGCCGGCUAUAGAUUUGUACUACCUGCUGGAUUUAAUUCCAACACAGCAGGUUAAGGACAACCAUCGUUCGGAGCUGAUUUAUAUGUACCACCAACAGUACAGUGAUUUUUUAAAGCGGCUACGAUUCAAAGGAGAAAUUCCAUCCUUGUUAGAUCUAAAUCUAGAGCUUCUACGAUAUGCUGGGUUGGAACUGUUUCAUUAUGCCGCUUUCAUCUCAUUGCGAUACAUGGAUGAAACUCAGAUCGACAUCGAGGCAUUGUUUAAGGGAGAAAUCGAUAACUCUGUCACGGAUAAUCCAGAGUACAGGAAGCUAAUGCACGCGGAGUUGUCGCGAUUCCUUCACCAAGGAACUUUGUCGAACGAUUAG